UUAUUAUUAAUUUUAUAAUAUUGCAACAAAAUGGGUAAAGGUUUCAAUAAUUACAUGUGCAAGAAAUUCUUCCAUCCGGCAUCCCGAGACAACCUAAAGAGAGUAUGGAUGGCAGAACAGAAAGCAGAUGCUUACAAAAAGAAACAGGAAGAGCUGCGCCAGCAGUACGAAAAAGAACAAGACCUGCACGACAACAAGGCCAUGCUGAGCAAAGAGAGCAAAGACAAGCUGAGCGUGAGCUUCAUGUACGAACCCCCGCCCGGUGCUAGGAAAGAAAGAGAACGCGAAGACGACGAGCCCGAGUACAAAUUCGAAUGGCAGAGGAAAUACAACGCUCCCAGGGAGAGCUACUGCAAAGGGGAUCAGGAGAUUAGGGAUCAACCGUUCGGGAUACAAGUGAGGAACGUUCGAUGCAUUAAAUGCCAUAAAUGGGGUCAUAUUAAUACAGAUAAGGAAUGUCCGAUGUACAGUCUUUCUAUGAGUGCUGCAAGAUCUUUGGAAAAUGCUACGGCUAUGGAUCAAAAUUCUUUAGUACUGCAAAUGUUAGAUGAUGGAUUAGCACUUAAGAAACAACACGUGAAUACUGUUGAAGCCAAUAAACAUCUCUUAGUGAGCGAAGAUGAGGAAGCAAAUGAAGAAACAUCUUUUUUAAAAUCGCUCACAAAGAAGCAGAAGAAAGCUUUAUUAAGGAAAUUGGAAAAGUUGGAAAAGGAACCAGAGAAGAAGGAGAAACGAAAAGAUGAAAGUGAAGAUUCGUCGGAUGACGAUAGAAAAUCCAGCAAAAAUGGGAAAAGAUUUAAAGCAAAAAAUCGUAACAAAAACGAUUCAAAUAACGAAAGGUAUAAGAGUAGAAGAGAUAGGAAAAGAUCCAGUAGCGAGGAAAGGCAUAAUUCUUCGAAAAGAAGGCGUUAAUAAAUUUAUUUUUCGUAAUUUAAUAAGCAGUAACUAAUUAUAAGCGAUUUAAUCUUUUGUUGUUAAUAAAUUUCUACAGGAA